CAAAAAUAACAAAUUUUCUUCAUGGCCAAGUUUGAUUGGCCUACCUUUGCUCAGUUAAUUAGCAGGGUAUAAAAUGCAGUUAACGCCGUGGUGUCAUCGUGUUCUUCGAGCUACAUAAACGUGGAACACUCCCCAAGCCUUCAAGUGCACAGUUUUGGAAAAUUCAUUAUGAGUGAGCCUGACGAACCCGUGUCGAAACACAAAUAUGAAAUUCUCAAAAUAUGGGUGCCAACUCAUGGAGUUGUCAAUGUUUACCGAAAGCCUGGGAGAACUGGAGGUACAGGCGCAUUAGAAGGAUUACUAAUGCAAUGCGCACGGAGACCAGUACUAAUUGAAAAGUUUUCUCUUUACAGAAUAUCAUGUUGAUAACGGUUUUCUAAUUGAGCCACCCAUCCAUCGACAUCACCUAGAAAAGAUACGAGUGCUGGCUUCCCAUGGAAGUGUUAUCACCAUAAAGAGAGAUGCUACUGUCCGUGCUAGACAGAACAAGUACACCGUCGAACCGCCGACUUUAGCGGUGGACCAGUCUGAAGUAUGGGUAGAUGGAUGGUAA